AGAUUCAAUUUUGAAGGUUGCUCCUAAGGAGCAAAGAACUUGGAAAUCAAUUUCCGCUUUACAUGGCUGGAAAGUUAAAACACACGGAUUUGGUAACAGAGGAAUGACAGCUGAUGUUGUCACAGCCCUUCGCAUGUCUGGUAAUGCUGCACUUGACUUGGACAAGACUCGAACCUUGCUUCAAAAAAGGAAAGCUAUAGGAGAAGGUUCUAAGAAUGAGGAAGAGGGAGGUACCUCGUCAAUAGCUAGGCCACGAAUUAGGAGACGAGUUAUUAAUGAUGAUGAAAUUGAAGAUACUCCUGCUCAAACUUCGACCACCGAGCCUGUUUUGAUUCCUUCAGAUGAAGACACCGUGCCAAGAAACACAAAUGAAUCAACUCAGCAUCUCUUUGAUAGUGGUUUUGAGAGUGGCGAGCUCGGACCUGUUUUCGAUGAAGUUCAUCUUUCUUCAUUCGCACCUAUUUCUUCCAUUCCUUUGCCAACCGUAAGUGUUUCUUUGCCAGCAUUGACUACUUCUGUUCUUUCACCAGUUUUAAUUGCUUCUACUUCCAUUCCUAUGUCUACUUCUUCCGUUCCUGUUCCCACUCCUACGACUCCUGUGGUGUUUAACUUUUCUACUACUCCCCCUUCCACUGUUCCAUCUUCAUCUGUCCCACAUAUAGAAGUAAGUUCCAGCAAUAGAAGCAUGACUAUGAGGAGUGUCACACUCGAAAUCCCUGCUAAUCAAAGCCUCUUAAGAAAAUCUGGGAGAGCUAAUACUUGGCUCCAACCUCUUAUUGGAGAAAUUGAAAAGAAUAAGAUGCAAAGCCAUAGUUGUUACACUUUGAUGAAUGACAUAGUUCAUUCAACUUUGAAGGCUAAUCUUAUUGGGACUGAAUUGAUGGGGCGAGUUUCUACAUUGGAGAAAAAGGAACGAGAGUCUACAAGGGCUCUAUCUGAGGCUAGGAAAAUAGCUGAGGAUGCAUUAUUUGAGGCAGCAAACUGGAAAAAACAAUUUGAGAGUACCCAAGUGACUGUAGAAGAGUUGCGGGAGAGCAAGGCUCACUUGGAGCAACAAAAUCAUGGCUUAACUUCUGAAUUGGGAAUUGCGAAUGCUUCUUGGGGUCAGCUUAAAGAGGAUAAAGAGCUUCUAGAACGUUCUUUAUCUAGAGCCAAUGAUGAGAUUAAAGAGCUUAAAGCACUCAUGGAGAAGAAAGAAGAAUAUGCAAAGGAGUUAGCUCAAAACUUAAGUCAUGCUCAGAAUGAUUUAAGAAUUUCUUCUGAUAGAAUCCGUGCCUUGGAAAGUUCUCAUGCCUCUCUUGAAGCUUCCCUGGAUUCUCAUUUAGCCGAGCACCAAAUAAUGAAAAAUGACCUUGCUAUGUGGGAAAAGGAAUACAAGGCUUUGGAGAAGGAAUAUAAUGCUCUUGAAGAAAAUUUCAACAUAGACGUGAGUUGGGCUUUUCUAAAUUCUCGACGUGAUGCUUUAAUGGAGGCUACACAGGAAAACUUUGACUUGCAAUCUGAGUUGGCCAAAGUCAUAGACACUAUCGAAAAAGGUCAACAACCUGCUGAUACUCCUUCUCCGGCACUUGGAACUAUUGACACCCCCUCUCCAGCACUUGAAGCUCCUGGAACAGAAGAGUGUUUGAACUCCGAAGCAGUUACUGAGGUACUUGAAGUUAUAACUCCAGCUUCCGAAGUUGAAACUUCUAUGACACAGUCUAUGGAAAUUGAAGUUCCUGUGACUGUUACUUCCCUCGUUGAUGUUAUCUCUUCAAGCUCAGCUGAAAUCGCUCCUAUUGCUGCUUCGUCAGAAGUUAUAACCGCACCUGUUAUUGCUUCAGAAAGUGAUGUUACAACUUUUAAUGAUUGUUAA